AAACACUACGCUGCCAUCUGCAAGUUUCAAUAGAUAACUUGAGCUCUGAAGAAUUCGGUGCACACUGCCAACAUUUCGGUGUGUCGGACAGACUUGUUGAAUUCAAUGUUGUGCGCCCUUGCGGGACGAAAGCGGGAAAUACAAACCGAUUAGAACAUUCAUUUUGUGUACACAUUUAAAUACGUGCCGACGGUUAAACGGUGUCGAGUCGCGGCCUUUCGCUUAGUUUACGUUUCAGUGCGGCGAUCAGCUUUGACUGUAAACGAUGUGCUUCGUUUGUCGGUAAUUUUUAUAGAACAUCGGGAAAGAUAAUAGUUUUUAUAGACAUUUACACUUUCACGUUCUUUGAUUAUUAAGAAAACGGAAAUUCGCUGAACACAGCAGACAAGAUGAGUUUCAAUAAAAAUAACCCCAAUGCCGUGGGGAAGAUCAUGGGAUACCUCAAGCAGCUCUCCACCGAAAUGGGUGGAAGCGAACAAACGCGUCACGCACAAGGGGAUGAAGAGCGGUUAUACCGCACUCGUGGUCCCAAAUACGCCCGGGUGCCUUCGAAACCAACGCUCUCAGCGUCAACAACCAGCACUUCCCUCGCAACUUCAUGUGGAUCCCAGGGUACUCUGGUGCCCACUAACUACGAUCCGAUACCGGAACACGUAUCCACAGAGAGUAGCAGCGAAGACGAACAGGAUUCUUUCGAGAAAACUCGUCGUCACUUUCAACAACUACGUCAGAUCAGUUUAGGAAACGAAUUCAAAUACAAAAUGGAAAUGGAAAUCAAGGACGAGAACUUGCGGAAUUCUGUUCCAUUCGUUAGGCAAUUAAGCACAGACAGCGUUAAAACUAAGACGGAAUACGAUAACGAGGAUGCAACACCGUACAAAUCUACAACUCAGAAACUGUUUCUAUGGACGCAGCUUCUUGCAGCGUUUGCAGUUUCUGUCGGUUCAAUGAAUGUCGGAUUUUCGUCUGGGUACACAUCACCUGCUGUGCUAACAAUGAAUAUAACUUUGGACAUAACAAAGGAAGAAAUAACAUGGGUUGGGGGUCUUAUGCCGUUAGCAGCUUUGGUCGGAGGCAUUGUUGGCGGACCUCUGAUCGAAUACCUAGGAAGAAAAAAGACAAUUAUGGGUACAGCAGUACCAUUCAUCAUCGGAUGGAUGUUGAUCGCUAACGCAAUUAACGUUGUGAUGGUAUUUGCUGGCCGGGUCUUAUGCGGGGUGUGUGUGGGAAUCGUAUCUCUUGCAUUUCCAGUCUACAUUGGAGAAACUAUUCAACCGGAGGUGAGAGGAGCUUUGGGUCUUCUGCCAACCGCGUUCGGUAAUACAGGAAUACUUUUGGCCUUCUUGGUAGGAUCGUAUCUGGAUUGGUCAAAUUUAGCGUUCUUUGGGGCAGCAAUACCGGUGCCAUUCUUCCUGCUUAUGCUUCUAACCCCAGAAACACCUCGUUGGUAUGUCUCUAAAGCACGCGUCCAAGAAGCACGCAAAUCUCUGCGCUGGUUAAGAGGAAAGAAUGUAAACAUUGAGAAGGAAAUGCGCGAUUUAACAAUAUCUCAAACCGAAUCGGACAGAACUGGCGGAAAUGCAUUCAAACAGUUAAUCAGUAAAAGAUAUUUGCCAGCUGUUAUGAUUUCUUUGGGAUUGAUGCUUUUCCAACAACUGAGUGGAAUCAACGCUGUUAUAUUCUACGCAGCAAGUAUUUUCCAAAUGUCUGGCAGCAGCGUCGACGAAAACUUGGCCAGUAUAAUCAUUGGAGUAGUGAAUUUUAUUUCAACAUUCAUAGCGACCAUGCUCAUCGACCGCCUGGGAAGAAAGGUGUUGCUGUACAUUUCAUCGGUAGCGAUGAUCACGACACUCUUAGCACUAGGUGCCUAUUUCUACUUAAAGCAGAACCACAUUGACGUCACAGCUUACGGUUGGCUGCCACUCGCAUGCCUCGUUAUCUAUGUGUUGGGAUUCUCAAUCGGAUUCGGACCGAUUCCGUGGCUCAUGUUAGGAGAAAUUUUACCAUCAAAGAUUAGAGGUACGGCUGCGUCAUUGGCAACUGGCUUCAACUGGACAUGCACUUUUAUUGUUACGAAAACAUUCCAAAACAUUAUUGACGCUAUCUAUAUGCAUGGAACACUUUGGUUAUUUGCUGUUAUUUGUAUAGGAGGCUUAUUGUUUGUUAUUUUCUUCGUGCCUGAGACCAAGGGCAAAAGUCUCGAAGAAAUUGAAAUGAAAUUGACGAGCGGAUCCCGGAGGGUCCGCAAUAUCAGUAAACAACCAGAAAAUAUUUGUUAACUGCUACUAUUGAAAAUCCAAAUGAGCUUUUUUUGUUACAUUUAAGAGUACAUUCCCAGAGGAAAGACCUUGGAUCUAGUGUACGAUGUACCUUUAAGAAUUUGGUAAUUGCAAGGCAUGUAAGACUAUGUACUGAGAUCGCAGUGCAGACUGAAGACUGAUUGGGAAAAUAAACGUAGAUUUAAAAAUUGUAAAUAUUAUUAUGUAGAAAUUAGGUAGAUUUAUUUUAAAUAUCAUGUUCCUUUAGAUUUAUUGUAGCUAUAUUAACACCAUCAUGUGGUGCAUGAUAUUUUUCUAGUUCCUUUUUUGCUUGAUCUGUUUUACAAAUUUAAUGCUGAACAUUGUAAAAUGUCAUAUAUUUCUCAGUGCAAUAAUAUUUUUCAUCGUGGAGAUGAAUUGCUUUGAUUUUGAAUGACUAGUAAAUUGUAGGAUUUUUGUAAAGUAAAGAGUGCAUUUCAAUUGAUAUGUAAUUAGUCAGUAUUGUAAUUGCAAACAUUAUCAUUUUUAGUGCAAGUAACUUCCAUUUUUCUUUUGAACAUUGUUAUUUGAUCAUGACAACCAAUUCUUAGAUAAUUUUAGACCAAAUGUUUAUUUAAAGUGAAUUAGUUAUUAAAAAUAUGUUUAUAUUAGUUAGUAUAUACCUAGUUUAAUGUUUCAAACAAAAUUUUAAUUCGUAUAUUACGGAUUAAAUAUAAAAUGAAUUGAUAUAUUUUUAAUAAUUAUACAAAAUA